GAGCUUGAGCGCCUCUCGUGUCUUUCGUGUACAGUAUGAUUCGCACGCGAGACUCGUACGGACCGUCGUUCGGCAGUCGUAAGUCUUGUUUCCGACGUGUUCCCUCCUCGUCGUCGCUCUGCCCCAACGAGUGCACUUUAGCCGAACUGUAUCAACUUCGAUCGGUUUUAAACACGGAAAUAGAAGAAGAAAAGUCGUCAUACAUAGUUUAUAUUAUUGAAUAUUACAACAAGAAUGAUAACUAACGAGACGAACGAAAAUCAUUAUAACUAUUUUAGUUAACAUUUAAGAAUUUUAAUUAAGUAGAUAAGUGAUCUUAGUUUCUGAACACUUACCAUAAACUAUGUAAAAUAGUUAAGAAAAAUUUGGUUAGAAAAACCCACCAUGAACUAAUCAAUCAAUCAAACGUACAUAUUAUAAAAGCAUAUAACGCACAACGGCCAUGUCACUGCAGAACAACCUGUAUGACGACGGCGGCGGCGGCGGAAGCAAGAGUGGUCAGCUGAACUUGACUGCGGAAAAUGCGUGGGACAAUGACUUCAUAAUGCCCAAACGGGAUCCUCUGUACAUAGUCGUGCCCAUGACCAUCAUGUACUCUGUGAUAUUCGUGACGGGCGUCAUAGGCAACUCGAUCACCUGCAUGGUGAUAGCCAAACACAAAUACAUGCACACGGCCACCAAUUACUAUUUGUUCAGUUUGGCCGUGUCCGAUCUCAUACUACUGGUGUCUGGGUUACCGCAGGAAAUGUGGUCCAUUUGGUCCAGAUAUCCAUAUGUAUUCGGCGAAAUAUUUUGUCAGCUCCGAGGUCUGUUUUCCGAAAUGUCUGCCAAUGCAACCGUACUUACCAUAACCGCGUUCACGGCGGAGCGGUACGUGGCUAUUUGCCACCCAUUCAUGGCGCAGAGCAUGUCAAAACUUUCAAGAGCAGUAAAACUUAUCAUCAUCAUAUGGCUGGUCGCUGUGUUGUUUGCUAUACCCCAGGCGUUGCAAUUCACCGUCACGUCGUGGAACGGUUCGUCGGAACUGAGGCAGUGCAAUAUCCGGAGCAUACCUCUGAUGGACACGGACAUCGAACUGUCAACCGUGUCGUUCACGCUGUCCACGCUGCUGUUUUUCUUGCUGCCAAUGACAGUGAUCACUGUACUUUACGCACUCAUCGGGCUCCGACUCCGGCGCUCCGACAAGUUGAAACGCACCAUCACGGUACGAUCGACCCACGGCGAGAAAAAAAUGUCGUCGCCCGAGUACAGGGCCAACUCGUCGCCGAAAGUCCUCAAAAUGCUCGUGGCCGUCGUGGUGGCGUUUUUCAUUUGCUGGGCCCCGUUCCACGCGCAAAGGCUUAUUGCCAUAUUCGGGUCCAGUCAUGCAUCGUCAGGUAACUUGGACGCGGAGGACAUACCGUUUCUCCAUCAGCUGUACGGCAUUUCCACGUACAUCUCCGGCGUGCUCUACUAUGUGUCCACCACCAUCAAUCCAAUACUGUACCAUAUUAUGUCACUGAAGUUCCGUGGAGCUUUCAAGGAAACGGUGUUACGGUGUUGUGGCGGCGACAGCGGCUGCAGUAGUGAUGACGGAUGGCCCGGAAGCGGUCAACGGCGUCCGUCACGGUGGGCGCGGAGGAGGCUGCGCAGCGACUCGUCCGAACCGGCGACCGACGACCGCCGACCAAAGUAUAGGCGCGUGUCCGGGCGGACGACAUCGUCCGUCGAGCUACCCGCCGACGACGACGACGGAGACGGCGACGAAGUCGUUUACAAUGGCGGUAGUCAUCACGUCCCCGGCGCCGGACUCGCCGACUGCUGGCGGCGAGCGCUGACGGGCUCGGCGGAGGGCGGAAAUGCCAAACGACACAACGGCAGCAGCUGCUACAGCGCCGGAAGUGUCAGCGGAGGUAAUGGCGGCGGCGGCGGUGACGACGACGAUGAAACCUCUACUACGUCCGCGUCGCUCGGUGGGGCCGGCGCCCGGGGACAGCGUCUGGUGAAAGUGCCGCCGGCGAUAGCGCUCAGCAACUGGACUGUUAUCAGCAACAGCAGCCUCAAGGACGUGGACAGCGACGACCUGCGCGACGAGCUCGUCGGUUACGCGGCAGACGCGUCGGUGGCGAUCGCCGGCGGCCAAAACAGCGUCGCCGGCGAGUAUUAUUGAGGGGCGAUGUAGGGUUCGUUCGCUCAUAGGUGCAACUAGGUGAGGGCAUGGUGUUGGGGGGCAUAAGUUGGCCCCCUCCCCAAAUGUGAUAGGUAUAACGGAUAGAAAGUCGCGAAAAAUGUUCUCUCCGAUGAGUCAUACAAUUGGCUGAGAACCGUGAGUACGCUGCAAGACUGUUUCUCAAAUUUAGCUAAUGGUUAGAUUUGUUGUACUAUGUAAUCAGUGUCGUGUACUCGUGUGUCAAUAUUAUACCAGCUUCAUUUUUUUUCAAAAUAUGAGAAACAAACUUUUUACUGUAAAUUACCUAUUAAGCUGAUUUUGUGCUUAUAAACCAAAAUAAUUUGUAAACUCUAAGUACCUAUAUAUUCAAAAAUUCCAACAUUCAGAAUUUAAAUAUUUUAAUAAGCACAUUAUUAAACGUAUAACUAGGGUUGUGCAUGUGCUUGGUGAAUCAUAUUGAAUAAAUAUUGAUGUACAUUUGUAUUUAUUAUAAGCCAUUUGCAAAUAUACCAAACCAAAAUAUGAGGGCUACGUGUCUACAGAUCCCCCAAAAAAUUUGAUCCUAGUUGCGCUUUUGGGUUCGCUCCCAAGCCAAAUAUUAUGUAAGCCGAUAAUGUAAACUAUUUAAUCAUAAGUUGCGUUUCAUGUGUGUGUGUGUGUGUGUGUGUGUGUGUGUAGUAAGUGGCGUUGACAAAUAUAGUACCUAUACCCAAGACAAAAUAGAUAAAGCAGGUAUCAACCUUAUAACUGCAGUUAUAAUACAUUUUUACCAGUAUGCACAUUGGCGCAAAUAGGCGGUCAAGUCCCCCCAGUUCAAAAUCUAGUAAUUAGUACUAAUUUUUAUAUUCUGUUGUACUAAGCAAUAUGGCCUAUGGGGAGGGGGCUUGAGUCCCCCCAAAAAAUUUAGUCAAUUUGCGCUUAUGAGUAUGCAUAUCUCCUUCACCACCGGUCAAUGUCGUAGUUCUCCACUUCUGAUUGGUUGAUUUUUAUUGUACUUUCCACAUGUAUGUAUUUGAUUGACAGGCGACAGCCAAUAAGAAGUGGAUAACUACGAUAUAGGUAAAGUAAAGAGCGGAGGUACGUAUCAAAAAACUGUGAUGGUACCUAUCUAUUUUGUCAUGACUUUAAUACCUAUCCGAGUGUGUGCCUGUAUUUGGUAUUCUGGUAAGGUUUUUUUCCCAAUAUCUGUUAUUGUUUUACCCAUUAUUGUGAUUAUACAAAUAUAAUAAAUUAUUACCAUACAA